UAUCAUUUUAAACAUGGUAAAUAUAUACAUCUAUUUAUAAAACCGUUUUAUUCAAUUCAAUAUCUGUAUUUAACUUAUUCUAGCUAAGAGAAAGACCAUUGUUGCUUACUUGAUCUAUACAUUAGCUUCUUUCACUACUAUUAUCUAUCUAUUCAUUUAUAUCUAUAUUUCUCUUAGUGUUAUCAUAUCUAAACAACAACCACAAUCUCACAAACAUUGCCUGUUAAAAUAUCAAUUACUGCAAAAUCAUGUCAGGCUUAGCAUCUAAAUGGGCUACUGAUGAUAAAUUGGUGGUUGAAGCCAAACGUCAAGAUGAUCAUCCUCAUCCUAAACCAAAAUCACCUACCAAAACAACCACAACUACUACUACAACUACUUCGACUAAGAAUUUAGAAAGUAAAUGGGCAAAGCCAAUAAUUGUUACUAAAAAGGAAGAAUUGGCAAGUAAAUGGGCUCAAGCUCCAAGUCAAACCUCAGAGACUCCUAAACCUAGUAUUUCUAAACACGAAAAGUCACCGGCUAAAUCACCUCCUAAAGGACCUCGAGCAUAUAGAGAUAAUCAUUCACAAGAUUCUAAUCAUUCUAGAGAUGCUCAUGAUAAUAAUUAUAAAUCUCAUAAAUAUAACAACAACAACAACAACAACAAUAAUAAUAAUAACAGAUAUAAAACUCAACAACAACCGCGAGAUCAAGCUAAUUACAGACAUUUGAAAUAUGAAAAAGAAGAUCAUAAAGAGCAAGUCCAAGAAGUAGAUGAUGAUGAGGAUGAUGAAGAGGAUGAAUCAUUACCUCCUAUGUCAGAUGCAGCUAAAGCUUUUGCGGCUAGAUUAUCUGGUGGUGCUGGUAUAUCAUCAAAAUCUCAACCUGUAAAAAAGGAUAAAAUUGAUCAUAAGAAACCUUCCCAUAAAGUUAAUACUAAAUCACAACCAGUUCACAAGGAACAGGAAGAUGAAUGGGAAGACGACAACGAAGAAGAACAAGAUGACGAAGAAGAAGAUGAAUUACCUCCUAUGUCAGCCGCUGCUAGGGCAUUUGCUGCUAGAUUAGGACCAGUAUCUAAUAAACAAAGAAAACAAGAUGAAGCUGAAGAUGAGGAUGAUGGAUUUGUUACUACGGAUGAAGAGAUUGAACAAAUACCGAAGAAGACCGUUAAAAAGGCAACAUCUAAUAAACCAACAUCAAAUUUGAAAACUCAAAAGAAUACUAAACCUGCAACUAAAGCUACGCCUCCUACUACUCCUCCUGCUACUACCAAGAAACCAAGUAGAAUUGAAUGGUUAAGACAGAAACAUGAACAAGAAGCUGAAGCUAAGAAAUCACAAGCCAAUAAGAAAGCUGAAGCUAAACGAUUACAAGAAGAAAAGGAGAAGAAAGAAGAUGCAGCCAUGAGAGCAAUGUUGGAAAGAUUAGAUGGAGAAAAUCUUGAUUGGGCAAGUUUUGAAGAUUAGAUUAUAUCAAGUACAUUUUGACAUUAACGAUAUUUUAAUAUAUAUUGUAGU